UACUGAUCACUCGAGGUCUACAACCAGCAUGAAGACAGUGUCGCGUGUAGCACUCGUGGGGCUUGUAUGCUCUGUGAACCUGGCUGCGGCAUGUCUGACCGCUGAUGACUGUCCGUUCCUAUAUUGUUGUGUGAAGCCCAUGGGGAAUUCCGUUGACAACCAGUUCCGCCAACAGCAGCUCAGCUCUGGUGUUGUGAUAGGUGGACGUGGUGUCGAUGACGUCAACAACGACCUCGUUGACGGCAGUAGGAGUGCAGUAAGGGGUACUUGUCAGAGCAUGAAGGCGCAAGGACAGCUCUGCUGGACAAAGACAGACGUUGCCUACUUUCCCCCACACGACAUGACCGACGACUGCCCGUGCCAAAGGGGGCUGUACUGUGUGGCCAACGGCGUCUUCCUUCCAGGGGGAGAAGCGGGUGUAUGCAGCGUUUAGAAGAAGAAUUACAGCACAGAAACAAGCAACACCGUACAUAGUGCCUUAUGUCACAGUACCUAAACAUAUGUAUCAUGUAUGUCCAAUAGGAAUAAUAUUGCCUGUUCAUUGUAUAAAAUAGUCGUGGUCUAGGA